AUGGAGGCUUUGCUUGAUAGGUGUCUCUUUAUCAGGGCCUGGACGGAUGCAAAGGUGGAAGACCUGGUGGAGUACGCUGCCACUGACAAAGGGCGUCUGUUCCGCACCGGCCCCUUUACCUCCUUUGACGUAAAGGAGUCGCAGCAGGGGGAUGUGAAGCGUCUCCCCACCGGAGCGCGCACACUGCUCCUCGACGCGGAAGCCAGCAAUGUUGUUGUCCGCGGUGUGGAUAAGUUCUUUGAUGUCGAGGAUGAGGAAGCCGAAGCGCUGGACAAGGACGAACUCUGGGAACUGGGUCCUGUCUGGUUGCAGCGCAAGAUGGCCGGUUUCACAGUCACCUUGUUUUCCUUGGACGGCGAGUCUGUCCGCGUUGCCACGAAACAUGUUGUGGAAGGCCUCCAUGUCGAUUUGGCCUUGGGCGUACUGAACCGCCUGUUGUCUGCCGAGCAGCAGAAAUCCCUCGCUGCUGACCUGUUCUUGGCAGAAGCUGCGGUUAGCUGCGAGUGUAUCACUGUCGGAGAAGAUCUGCACCACCCCGUGCUGGAACGAGGUGAGUAUGACAACACGAUGCUUAUUUUCUCGGUGCAUAAACGAAACGACCUUCGGGAGAUUGCGAUGCCCGUUGAAAAGGUGCAAGUGCUGGCCGAGCGGUGGGGACUGCCGGUAGUGCCUAGUUGGCGUGCCGGCGGUCGUGGUGAGCUGCAACAGUGGCUUCAGCAAAGGGAAAAGUGGUGGGGCAAGGGCCCGGAUGGGAUACCGCUCGCGGAGGGGUACGUUGUACUUGUUGAACUACCCGUAACGCGAAUCGCACCGGCGAUCGUGCUCGAGGAGCCGUUUAGUGUGGCGCCGCUUCGCCUAAAGGCGAAGACGGUAAAGUACCGUCUUCUGCGCUCUCUGCGCUCCAUUGUUUCGAAGGAAUCCACAGAGAGCCCAAAACUGUUUCAUGAGGUUCUUGCGGUGUGGUCGGAGCACAUUGGCGGGUAUAAGUGCUUUAGACAAGCGGUGCUUGAACGUGGCGUAUGUGAACUUUGUUCACAAUUUGAGGCGUACGCCUCCACGCACAGAAGGACGAGGGUUCGUGGAGGUCAUAUGAGCGUUGGGCAGGCCUUUGAAAGGCUCAUCGAGUUUACAGAAGGAGAGCUGCUUCUGCGGCGACAGGCGCCGUUGAACGUCAUUAUGUUGUGUGGCAUUCCAGGCGCAGGCAAGACCACUCUGGCUCAGGCCCUUGUGGCGGUGGCGGGGCGGGGCGACUCGCCCUUCCGAUACGUCGUCAACCUCAGUAGGGAUCAAGUUGCCAAGGAGGCCGCCGCACGCGAGGGCAUUGACGACUCUUCCAGCAAGCACAAGAAGAGAAAACUCAGGGCAUUGGUGCACCGUGCCUUCUUGGCAGCAGUGAACAGGGCAGUGUCGCUUUCGCUUCUUCAAGAUGGUCCUGGCCUUCUUGUUAUGGAUGCUUGCCAUGCCAAGGCUGAAACGCGGCGUGUGUGGCGCGGGGUUUUGCCCAAAAAACUGGAAAGUUUUCGUCUGCUUUAUGUGACCUGCGCAGACCACUCAGAGCUUUUGCGACGCCUUGCCAAGCGGGAGGAUCAUGAAGUGCUCCACAACGCUGACGAAGCCCAGGCCGCUCUUUACGCGGUAAAAAAGGUGUUUUUUGCUCCCUUGGACGAUGAACCAUCCGUCUGCUUGGAUUCCGCGAGCACCGCGGCGGAGGAUAUGGCCCGCCACGUCUUUUCCCUAUACGGCAUGGAUGCACAGCGCCAUUCCGUCGUCUACGAUGACAGGGGAACUGAAGCAAAACUGAUAGCACUUCGGGCGGCACUUGUUGAGUCCCUCGUUGGAUGCGUUGGCGAAGGGGCCUUCAUGCUGCUCGCGAGCAACACCAAACGAGCAAAGGCGCCUAACGCUAUUUUAGUGCGGCUGGAGGUGUCUUGGGAGGAGCUGUUUCAAAUCGCGGUGGAGGCCAUCAUGGCCGCGGCAACAGCGGACUGCUCGACGUUAAACUGGUGGGAAAAGUGCAAGCGCGCGCUUGGAAUGGGGCUGAGGCGUCGUCACUCGACCAUCGAGGAUGGACACACGCGCUGGAUCCAUGGGUGGCUUUUUGACGGCUGUGGGGGGGGCAAGGCGCCUCCGCUUGAAGCAUGGCGUCGCGCUCUUACCGAACGCUUUGAUUGCCGCCCUGCCACCCCACAUGUGACGGUUGCCUACGAUGCCUCCAGUGCAGAGGCGUCCCCUUCGGUUCCCAGCGCCGGCAGCCUAGCCGAGGUGACCCUCACCUCCGUUUUAUUUGAUCGCUUUGCCAUUUGUUUGGGCGCCGAGGUUGUUGUGAACGGACUGCGCUACGAGAACCAACUUGGGUCGUCUGCUGCCGUGCCGUUGCAUGUGACUGUGUGCCACACGGCGCAUGUAACGUCCUCGUAUGCGGGGAAGAUGUUUCUUCUUUUUACGGAGUGGGGGCGCCACAACGACGAACUCCGGCACCUGAGAGGUGGUGCUGAGGUGAAGCGAAGUCGAUCCAAGUUUUUCAACUUUCUGAGGCUGCGCCUGGAGAAAUCCAUCUCUCUACGAGGGAUCGUUCUUGUCGAAACGUAA